AUGGACUUCUUCAACGACGCCGCCUCGCGGUGCGACGCUUUCAGGACCCCUAGAUACCUCGAGGUGGUCAUUUCUAUUUUGAUCCUCGUCGGGCUUCUCGUCUCCUAUCUACCACAGCACUAUCGAAUCAUAUCACGAGGAACAGCAGAGGGCAUUUCGCCAUACUUUGUGCUUCUCGGAACCACAUCGGCGACUGCCGGAUUUGCAAACAUAUUAACUGUCCCGCCCUCACGUGCGGCCAUGAGCUGCUGCAAAGAAAUCGAGAGCCUCGAAUGCGCAGCUGGCAUGCUUGGAAUCGCCCAGCUUGGUGGGCAGUGGCUUUGCUUCACUCUCAUUCUCGUACUUUUCCUCAUCUUCUUCCGCUACGAGGACGCUGCGGUUCCGCAGGACGAACUUGCUGGUGAAUCACCAAAGUGGCAAACCGCUGCGGCCGUCGGACUGCUUGCUUUCUUGCACGGACUCAUCACCAUCAUCAUCACUGGCGUCUUUGCAAUUGCCCUGCCCCAGCACCUAAACUUUUGGGCCCACCUUCUCGGCGUGUUGGCCGCUGCACUAGCUGCCGUGCAAUACGUACCGCAAAUCUGGACGACAUACCAUCUCAAGCAUGCCGGCAGCCUCAGUAUCCCAAUGAUGUGUAUACAGACACCGGGUGGACUCUUGUUUGCUGGUAGCCUGUACAUGCGACUGGGCUUGGAGGGCUGGAGUACAUGGGCUAUUUACCUGCUUACGGCCGCCAUGCAGGGAUCUGUGCUCUUCAUGUGUGUUUACUACGAGCUUGCUCGGCGUCGCGAGCGUGCUGCCGAGCCGGAAGGCGCGCCUCUCAUCAACGAACCCGACUCGCCUGUUGACCAAUCUAAUCAGCAAAGACCCAUUGCCAACCGCACAUACUCUGAAGGCUGGGAGCGCGGUCUGCCGGGACCUUUUACUGGGCACCCAGAACGCUACGCGGAAACCGAGGAAGAUUUGGAGCAUAUCCAGGAUCGCGAAGAGCGAGCGAUUGCACGAGAGAGCCAGCCUCUGCUGAAACCCGGCGGCAUCGGCAAUCCGCACAAGAGCUACAAGUCGUCGAAUCACCAUUAG